AUGUCGAAUGCUGAUGAUUUUAAAGGUGCUGGGUACGAACCCAUUUACGAAGGAUUGCACAUGUUGGCGGAGGCAGGUAAGAGAUCGUUGAGAAAAAAGAAAUCGUCCAAGAAAAUCACUUUCAUAGUCCCAGAUGACGCGUUCAAGGGUGAAAGAUUGAUUUCAGAGAAGUUUUUGGGGAAGCCUGUGUCACAUUCUCUUGUUACCAACUUGGCAAAAGGGUUGGUAACAGAAAAGAUGAUCAAGAAACCUGACACAGAAGCCAUAAAGGCUUGCUUGAAACGCCGACGCCAUGAAAGGAAACAUGCAGAUCAAGAAGAGAAUAGGGCAAAGAAAAAGGAGAUGUUGAUCAUUCAGAAGCCAUUGUACAAGACAGAUUUGAGCCGAAACCAUGGCCAUUUAUCAAUCCCACGGAAGCAAAUCAAAAACGAUUUUCUCACUCCGGAUGAGAAGAUGCUUUUGAACGAAUCAGAAUUGAAAGUGAAAUUGAUUGAGCCAUGCCUUGACGACUGCUACAUACACUUGAGGAAGUGGGAAAUGAAAACGAGCUCAAUUUAUGUGUUGGUGAAUAUUUGGAACGAGGUUUUGUCGAAGAAUGGACUCGAAGAAGGUAUGGUGGUACAGUUAUGGUCCUUCCGGGUGAACUCGCAACUGUGUCUGGCUCUUGUCGUGGUUUAG